ACUGCCUAAGCUAAACAUUUGAGUUUUGUGUCUUCUGUUGCAGAGAAGGUUUCUCCUUUGAACUCUAAACUAAAGACUCAACUUUUACAAUGAGCCGUCCACAGCGUCACAAUGACGGUGAAGUGACUGACACCCAACAGCACCCAGUGUCCUCCAGAGGGUCAAAGGUCCCCUCAGAGAAAGUGGCCCUGCUGGUCCUCAGUGCUCUCCUGGCAGCUACUGUCGUUGUUAUUUGCCAGCUUUCUCUUGCUUUGGUGCGAACGAAUGAACGUUUCCAGACACUGAGAGACGACUUUGAUGCUGUCAAAAGAAAUACCGAAAAAAAAGUUGAAGUUAAACCGUGCAUCCCACAGCCACAGCCAACAUGCCCAGGAAGUGGAUCAUGUUGGAAAUGUAAAGACGGCUGGGAGCAGCAUGGAGAGAAGUGUUAUUUCUUCUCCACCAAAAAAUCAACAUGGAAUGAGAGCAGAGAUGAAUGCAGACAACACGGAGGAGGAGACCUGGUGAAGAUAGACAGCACAGAGGAGCAGACAUUCCUGGACAUGAGACUGAGAGACGUAAUGGUGUAUGCUGAGGACAGAUUCUGGAUCGGACUGACCGACUCAAAGGAAGAGGACACUUGGUUGUGGGCGGACGGAUCUCCACUGAACUCAAGUUUGGUUUUCUGGAGCAACGGCGAGCCGGACAACUGGGACGGAGAUAACGCUGAUGGGGAGGACUGUGUGAGGAUGGGGGAGAAAGGAGGAGCUGUAGAACACAAGAGCUGGUUCGAUAAAUAUUGUGAAAUCCCUCAUAGAUAUAUUUGUGAGAAACCAGCAGAAACAGGAGAAAUGAAGUGCACCUGAAGUACUUCAGCUGAAGUCUCACUCAGCUUUUUCAACAUAUCAGUCGGGAACAUCGCUAUGAUGAACUAUUUUUAUCAGCUGAGCAAUGUUGGUGGAUUAAAAUCAGUAAAAUAUUCUUAAAAUAUUUAAAGUGGCCCGGGUUAGAAUCUCUCUCUCUCCCUGAUUUCUGACUCUAUCCACUGUCCUAUCUCUUAUUAAAGGCAUUAAAAGAUAUCGCUUUGCACCGGGCUCGGGAUAGGGGGGGAGACUGUGAAUAUCAGUGUGAUGUUGUUAAAGAAUGUUUUAAAAAAAUGUAUAUGUUACUAUAAUGAACAUUAUGUUGUGUUCUACAGUGAAACCCUUGUUUUGGAUAAAAUGAAUUAAAAUGAAAUAAUUUCAGGUUAAA